CUUUUUCCUGGCGCCGGCGGCACCCAGGACCUUCCAGAACCCCAGGUUCCAGCUUCCUUCUCCUCUCCUCGCCAUCACGCCACCGAAGCAACCUCCUCCCCCUUCUCCCGGAACCAAAAACCCUAGCAAAGGGAGGGAGGGAGGGCCCCGCCGCGCGGCGCCAUGGACGCCAUCCGGAAGCAGCUCGACCAGCUCAUGGGCGCAAACCGCAAUGGCGACGUCCGGGAGGUCAGCCGCAAGUACUACGACCGCGACGUCUGCCGCCUCUUCCUCGCCGGCCUCUGCCCCCACGACCUCUUCCAGCUCACCAAGAUGGACAUGGGUCCGUGUCCUAAGCUGCACUCGUUGCAGCUCCGCAAGGAAUACGAGGAGGCCAAAGCCAAAGGUAUGGACAACUAUGAUCGUGAAUUGGAAGAAACUAUAGAAAGACUGAUAGUUGAGUGCGAGAGAAAGAUUCAAAGAGCCCUUAAGCGUUUGGAGGAGGAAGACGCCAAGGCAGCUAUUGCAAUUUCUAUCACUGAGGUUACACAGAGUAAAGAGGUACUCGAGUUCUCCAAACAAAUUAAGGAGAAGAUGAAGGAGAUAGACACUUUUGAUUUUGAGGGAGACACUGAGGGCAAAAUUCGGGCUACUGAAGAGGUUGAUAAACUCAAGGAACAGAGAGCUGAAGAGCAGGCAAAGCUGCUCCUUGAAGCCUUUAAUAAGGACCGUGCUUUGUUAGUGACUUCUCUCCAAACUGCUACGCAAUCAACAGCACCUGCUGCUCCAGAUGCUCGUACACAAGAAAUGAUUAACGAAAAGCUCAAAAAAGCAGAGGAACUAGGUGAGAGUGGGAUGAUUGAUGAAGCACAAAAACUGUUGGAUGAAGCAGAAGCUCUGAAGAAGCUGGGUGCGCGGCCACAGCCUGUUCCUGACUCCGCAAAAAUGUCGACUCACGUUCAAAUUACUGAUCAAAAGUUGCGCCUGUGUGACAUAUGUGGAGCAUUCUUGAGCGUGUAUGACAGUGACCGGCGUUUAGCAGAUCAUUUCGGAGGGAAACUCCAUAUGGGUUAUAUGCUAAUACGUGAGAAGUUGUCUGAACUGCAGGAAGAGAAAAACAAAAGGCGCAAGGUGGAUCGAGCUGAACAUGACAGAAGAUCCAAGGAAAGGAGCACAGAACGUGAUAGAGCAUCAAGCAGGGACCGUCAUAGAGGAGAAAGAAGCAGCAGUCGUGGCAGGGACAGGGAUUAUGACCGUAGAAGUAGCCAUGAUCGCUACCAUGACAGAGAAAGUAGAUAUGACCAUGAUAAAGAAUCAGGGAGAUCUCGUAGCUAUGAUUCGAGGAACCGCCGAAGGUCACGUUCCCCAAGGGAUAGUUCUAGGGACUAUGAUCGACACGGGCGUCGUGACCGUCGAGAUGGGCACUAAUGCAAGCAGGCUUGCAUUAGAUUUUCUGAGGGUUCUGCCUAGAAAGACAAGAAUGGCCAGCUUGCAACUGGAGGAAGGCACAUGUUCUGUUAGUAUGUUUACAUAUAUGUGCAUCUUCCUUUACCCCAUAACCAAUGAAUGUGAUAUGUUGAACCAUUGUCUGUUAUAUCGUUAACCAGUUGCCAACCUUAUGUAUUUCAUGGUAUUCCUUGCCAAAA